UAUUAGAAUUGUUGAAGAUUUGUCCUGUAUGUUGCAUGAUAUUGUCAUAUCUGUCACAGAAGAAAUUACUAAUCCAUGUUACAUCACAGAGUCAAAUGCACAUUUUUAGAUAGGUUUCUGAAAAAAAAUAAAGCAGGAAAAUACAACCAAUAAUAAGCCAAAAGUUAUAUUCUAGUCUGUUUAUACUUGUGUACAUUUUGAGUACCUGAAUUGACCUCAGUGAAAUUAUUAUAUUGGUGUACUGAGAGUGGAAUAUGGCCUAAUCGGUGUAGAACCCAGUAUAAGCCAGUCUUUGCAAAAUGCUUUCAGCUUUUUCUAGGCCACUUCCAAAGAGCUUUUGUAUGCUAUCUGAAAAAGUUAUUUUUAGAUGGUUCUUCUGAGAUCAUCUUCAAAUCAGUAACAUUUGUUACUGUAAAAAUGCCAAUUCUAAAGUGAAUUGGGCCCAUACACUAAUAGUAAUAGCUCACACUGUAGAGGCUCAUGCACUAAGCUCCUAAGGUCCCAGGUUGAGUUUCGCCUGUUGGCGUUACACAAGCAGCUUAGAUCCUGAUAUUGUAUAAAUACUAAUGUAAACACUGGAAAUUUGGCACUCUGGGCUUGUCCACACAGCACAACAAUGAAUUCCACAAGGAUGUGCUGUCUAAAGCACACUGUUGCACUUGAAUUUGUCUACAUAGACCCAGCUGAUGCACAGUAACUCUGUCAGCAAUGAGCCACCUUGAACAGAGAGUGGGCCACAUGCGUGGCCCUUUACCUCAGAGGGCCACAGCUGCUGAUUCAAGGCAUUCCAGUGGUGAUUCAUGUGCUGAAAGGGAUGGGGAGGAGCAGGGAAGUGUGGGGCUUCAAUGUUGAAGUGCACGACAGAGGUGUGAGGAUGGAGGUAGCUGGGGUGUCCGCAGGCCACAGGUAGAGCUAUGUGUUAAUGCUGAAAACUAAAUUGUACACCAGCUCAUUUCUGUGGAGUUAGAGAUUAAAAUUUUCAUCUUGUGCUUGUCGGAAAGAAAAUGUGAUAAAGUUUCUGAAGCAUGUAAUGUAGGCCAAUUCCCAGUGUCAGACUCUAGGGGAAGUCCUAGAUGAUUGCUGCAAAGCUCCUCCUUUUUAUGGCCACUGCUGUCUGAAAAGCACUGCCCUGUGUGUACUCAGUGGUUUAUUAGAGAAACAUUCUUUCAGUUAGCUGCAGGAGGACUCGGCUGUAACAGGAGAUGCUAGUUUAGUAAUCCUCCUUCUUUAGCUCUGCUUUGUAUAUGUCAAUGGAGACAAGCAACAUGGCACUAGAUAACAAGGACACAAAUCAAAAUGAAGAGUUGCUUACAGCAUUCGCUAUACAAGUUCUCGGCACAGAGAGAGUGGAGCAGAUGACAAAAACCUAUAAUGACGUUGACAUGGUCACACAUUUGUUAGCUGAGCGGGAACGGGACCUGGAGCUAGCAGCACGGAUUGGACAAGCCCUUCUGAAGAGGAACCAUGCCCUGACAGAACAGAAUGAAGUACUAGAAGAACAACUAGGACAAGCUUUUGACCAAGUUAACCAGCUGCAGCAUGAACUAUCGAAGAAAGAUGAGUUGCUUCGUAUUGUUUCAAUUGCCUCUGAAGAAAGUGAAACAGACUCCAGCUGCUCUACACCACUCCGGUUCAAUGACUCCUUUAAUCUGUCACAUGGUCUUUUGCAACUGGAUGUCUUGCAGGACAAACUCAGAGAACUGGAGGAGGAGAACCUGGCUCUCCGAUCAAAGGCUGCUCAUCUAAAGACAGAAACCAUUACAUAUGAAGCAAAAGAGCAGGAGCUUGUCAGCGACUGUGUCAAAGAGCUCCGGGAAACACAUGCUCAAAUUGCCCGAAUGACAGAAGAGUCAUCUGAAAAAAGUGAAGAGCUGAUUCGCUAUCAAGAAGAGAUUUCAACCCUCUUAUCUCAGAUUGUUGAUCUUCAGCAUAAACUCAAAGAGCAUGUGAUUGAAAAGGAGGAGCUGAAACUUCACCUACAAGCUUCCAAAGAUGCCCAGAGACAGCUGACAGGAGAGCUGCAUGAAUUACAGGAUUGGAAUGCAGAGUGUCUGGGGUUGUUGCAUGAAUUACAAGAAGAAGUGAAGGAGCUGCGCAGCAGAACCAGUCCUGCUGUACAUCUCUGCCGCCCCCAGUCAUGUGGGGCGUUUCCUUUGGAUUCCCUUGCGGCAGAGAUUGAAGGGAUAAUGCGGAAGGAGCUGACUCUGGAUGAAGAAUCUGCUCUUGGUAAACAAAAGGUGCAGCAGAAACGGGCGUUCGAUACUGUCAGGGUUGCUAAUGUUAUGCGUGGUCGGUCGUCUUCAUUUCCCGCCCUACUACCAAUCCCUGGAUCUAAUCGUUCAAGUGUUGUGAUGACCUCAAAGCCCUUUCAGUCUGGCCUACAACAAGUGGAGGGCAAGGCACAGCAAAGGAGCAGUUCCAAGGAAAUCUCAAAGGACAACCAAAAGCUGGGUCAACCUGGAACCCCUGGAGACAAAGAUUUAGCUACAGCUCUGCACGCACUUCGCCUCCGUCAGCAGAACUACCAGAGUGAAAAGCAGUUCUUUGAGAAGGAAUGGGAGCGUAAAGAGCAUUUGGUGGCUGACGGAAAAGAAGAGGCUGAUGGCUGUUGCACAUCAGUAAAGAGUUGUCUGUGUGGGGGUACAAGCUCAGGAUUCACUGACUUCUCUGGGAGCUCUCCCUGCCUGCGUCUGCUCCUGCCAGAAAAAUUACAAAUUGUUAAACCUCUCGAAGGAUCUCAGACUCUGUUCCACUGGCAGCAGCUUGCUCAACCCAACCUAGGUACCAUUCUCGACCCACGGCCAGGUGUGGUCACAAAAGGCUUCACACCAUUACCUGAGGAUGCUGUCUACCACAUCUCUGAUUUGGAGGAAGAUGAGGAAGAAGGGGAAGGAGGUAUAAUGUUUCAAGUCCAACAACCCUUUCUGGAGGAAGGGAAACAUGCAGUGCCAAAGCCAGCGGCAGGGAUCUUCCUACCAGCUAUUACUUCAGCAACAGUGCCACCCAUCGCCUCAAACCCAGGGAAGUGUCUUUCCUCCACAAACUCCACAUUCACUUUUACUACCUGUAGGAUCCUUCAUCCCUCUGAUGUCACUCAGGUUACCCCCAGCUCCAUGUACCCUCCAUUGUCCUGUGGAAGUAGUGGGAAUAAUACUGUCAAUGCAAUAGUGAGCUCCCCAGCCAUGUCUUGUAGCCUUACGAUUGGAGAAUCCCUCACUAACAGAAGGGACCCUACCACCACCUUGAGCAGCACCACCAGCCUGGCUAAACUCUUGCAAGAACAAGGCAUCUCUGCAAAGGUUUGCGAUAGCCCCAUCCCAGAAAAACUGCCUAUACUACAGCCCCCACGAACCUUUUCCAUUCCUUCUACUCCACCAAAUUCUCCCUCGCACUCACCUUGUCCUUCCCCUCUGCCUUUUGAGACUCGAGCAUCUCUCUCUGAAAACUUCCUAGCAUCGCGACCAGCUGAAACAUUCUUGCAGGAGAGGUGUGGCCUGAAACCACCCCAUAACCCUCCUAACUUAGACCAACUGAAGAUGAACCUGGUGGACAGAUUGAAGAAGCUGGGUAUUGCCAGAGCAGUCAAAUCUCCAGAGGCAGGGGACCAUGGGAAAAAUCAAGGGCCAGAAAUUGGCUUGCAGAGGCAUGAUUCGGCUGUGUUUUUAAGUGCAGGUAGCAAUCUGAUGGGUGGACUGAGAAGAAACCAGAGUCUUCCAGGCAUGAUUGGGGCACUUGGAGCUCCAUUUUGCACAUCAUCAAAAAUGGGUAUCUUAAAAGAAGACUGAGUGGUUUCUAUGUAACAGACUUCUAGCAGGACAAAUAAUACAUUAAGGCUGAACAUCUGAUACGGGUGUGGAAUGGGAAGUUGUUGAAGGAAUGUGUAUGUUAAAGUGGGCAAAGAGGGAGAUGGCGUAAGAGAGAGUGCAUGGAGUUGAGGAAGCAAGAAGAAAGAAUUCGGAAGCGAUCACAGGAAAAAAGAAACCAAAGGUUAAAUUUUGAGACUCUUUAGGUAUCAGACUUCCCUGGCUUGAGUAAGGGGAGACAAUAGCAAAUGCUUUUCAGUAUCGUCAGCUUUCAUAUUUGUGUGUCUGGGGCAAUACGUUGUCUAGUCCCUUUGCCCCCAUGAUUGCAUUUUACAAAUGUUAGCAGUCAGAUUAUACCACUAAAGGUUCUAGGAAAAGGAACAAGGAAUCUGUUCUAUAAUGCACCAGAAUAAUUGGUCCUAACCCAUCUUUGUACUGAAGAACAAGCACAGGAACAACUCAGGUUCCUUUGUUGUUUGCAUUUCCAAUUUAGAAAUUAAUCUGAACAUCUUCUAAAAAUAUUUUGUAUGUUAAGUUUUAUACUUUUCUAUGCAUGUACAAAAACAGGGAAGGAUGUUUAUUUUGGGUAAGUGCAAUGAUAAUGGAGUAUUAACAGAAUAACAUUUCUCUGAACUUUCUGAAGGCUGCUAAAGCACGCUCAGGAAGUGCAAUCAGUACGAGUUAAGCAGGAGAUCUUAUAUUUUAGGAAAAAUUGUUUAUUUUAAGUGAAGAAACCUUUCCAAAGCAUGCUAUGCAUAUAUUUUUAAUUAAAGAAGGUUUAUUUGUGUGCGCACAAAAUCUCAGGCACAUUCUAUUGUAUUAAAAGGGAGUAAAACAUAAAUGCUUGAUUCAAGGUAUAGACCUAAUGGAUUUGAUAUUUUAAAACACUUUCUAUUUCUAGGCAGUAUUCUGUUACACAGAUUUCACUGAGGAAACAGUACACGAAACUUGUUCUGGAAGUGUGGUUAGUACAAAAACUAAUAUUAAAGACCUGACAUUGAAGCAUCAAGUAAAACAGAAAUGAGUAGUUUUUGUAACCACUAUAUCAAAUUGAAAUGAGUUUUGUGUUAAUCAGAAGAUAAUCUGCUUCUUCUUUAUUGAUGGAGAGCAGUUCAAAGCCUUCCUGUUUUGAGUGAAAUGAAAAAAGAUUUUAGGAUGCAGACUCACUUGAUUGUAACAUUUAAUGGAUGGGAAUCUACAGGUCACCUGAAAAAAAAAAAUUAGUGUCUUUGGGUACUAAAUAGCAAGACGCUUUGAACCUAUCAUCGGGGGAUUUACAAGAAUUCUAGCUAUCACUAAGCAUAAACAUUUGUCCCUUUAAAUAAUCUCUAUCAUGAUUUAUAAUGCACCUACAAGGGAAAAAUCUGUCCAAAACUGAUCAGUGCUGAUCUCUGCAAGUGAUUCUAUUGUGAACAAGUCCUUAAUCUCUGUGAAACAGAGUAGUUUAUUCUAUUCUAUUCCAAAUGUUAUUACAAGGAACUUUCACUUAUUUUAAGAAUCCAUUUCUGUACAACUCAGUUAACAAUUAUACCUUUACCUUAGUUGUUAAAUGCAGUUGUGGCGGACUUAGGGGAACCAAGCCAGCAUGAGUAGUGAAAGGGAUCAAACCAGAGUUCCAAACUGUGUUUGGCUGAGUGGUCUUUACUUGCACUGGAGCAAUUUUUACAGAUGUUUUAAUGCUCUUUGGGCCCAUUCAUUCUGACCAGUCACACAAUGAUAAGAUCUGAUUUGGCCACAGCCAUGUUUUAGCAGCCUUGAUUAACUCGGAUGGCUAACCUUGUUUGUGAGACAUGUGUAGCUGGGGCUCUUGGUGGCAUUCUCUGGAGUCCACAGGAGUGAAGGAAUCAUAUGACAGGUUCUACGUUAUAACUGGCAAGAGGCACAACCAUCCUAAUCUGGGUUCUUGGCACUGCAGGACUGUAGACACUGAAAAAACUUGAAACGGGACAGAUCAGAAAAUAUAAUGGCUUUAUAAAUGGAUUUUAUAACAUUUCCUACUUUCACACUCUUAGGUGUCUUAAGGGUGCUUUGUGAUAUAACGCUUGUUUCUAAAAAGGGAAAGUAGUCACCAAUCCAAGCACUCGUUACUUCACAACACUUCUUACAAUCCACUGCAUUCAGUAGUUUCAUUGGUUGGCCUUUAGGAGUUUGCUUAGCUCACAUAGUUGUAAAAGAUUAAUCUGUUAAUUUAAAAUAAAACAGAAUUAACCUAUAUACAUUAAAUGACAAAAAAUGUUCCUAAUUUUUAAUUCAGAGCAUUUGGGUUGUACUUCCCUCACCAUGAGCAGGGUCUUAACUCACUUGGCAAUUUGCUCUCCAGUGAACUGAGCAUUUGGUUUAUCACCUGUGUUUUGCAGUUCCCAGGGGAAUAUCGGGUGACAAAGCAAUAGGAAACUAGACAGGCUGAUGUCUGACAACAGUUGUGUAGAAUUAAUGUCCAAUGUAUGUACACUUAUUAUAUAAAUACUUGUAAAAUAUAGCUAGGCUUUUACAUGUAUUAAAUCUUGUAGAAUUAAUAUAUAUGUAUUUUAACUAGCUUUGUAAGAUUGCUAUAGCUAUAGCAGUGUAUUCACAGCAGAAGAAUCACUGAGUCUGACUUCUUUUCAGACCAGAAAAGUACAAUAAUUAAAUGCAUGUAAGUUUGGUUUUGAAGCUUUUUAAAAACAUACUUUGAUUUGAAUGAUACCAAGUUGUCCCAGCCUAAUGUACAAUAAAGUUUCCAUAAAACAAUGUCUCAACUACCUGUCCAAAUCAGGAAUGUGAUAAAAGCAGAACUCGUGCACUGUAGUAGCUGCAUAUUUAUCUGUUCAGUUGAAGUUUCUUUUAUCUUGCAUUUGUGUCAGUGGAUAUUUUACGUUUUCUAUACUUGUGCCUAAAUUCCAUGGUCAAGGAAAAUUAGACCUGAAGGAUGUAGCAGGGGUUUGUGCCAAAACUAGAGGACAAAAUUUUGUGAUAAGCCUUUGUGGUGGUGAUAUUGGUAGCAUAUUUAGUUCCUAUGAAGUUGAAAGAAAUGGUUACCAUCUCCUGCCUCCCGCUAGUUAUAAGUAUUUACAUGAAUGAUCUACGAACAGUCUCCUGGAUGGAGCUAGUAGGAAUAGCAACAAACAGUUGAAAAAAAAACUGGUGUUUGUUCCAUCACAAGUUUGUGGACAUGGAGAAGACAGAAAGGAAUUUAGCCAUUGUUUUUAAGAAAGACCCAGAAAAAGUUUCCUGUGAUAUCACUCUACUACUCUGUCUUAUUCAAGUUUUGAGCAUAUUUAAUUUUCUGCCUUUGGAAACACAGGGCUGUAGCUUCAUUAAUUGAAUUUGAGUUGAAACAUACAAGCCUAUUCACUAAAGGCACACAUGGAAGUAGGUUGGAAUAUCUUUUAAGCAGAAGAAAACCUAUUUAAUCAAAGAAAACAGCACAGAAAAGAGCCAAGGUUUAGUUUUAAGACCCAUUUAGCCAUUGCAUAGGAUAGUUACACAACAUGUUUUGAGAAACUGAACUUUUUUGUUCUUCUACUUUUUGCAUGUAAAUGUUUCAUAGUGGAAUGUAAAUUUGUUAAUAAACAUGUACAAACAUGCCUUUUUACAUUG